AUUUUUUUCAAACUAGGCCAGUGUGCGGUUGUUCCUUGGUUCGUAUCAGGACAUUUGGUGAUAUUUUAGGCUGUAGGCAAAAACCAGAGAAGUGUUUAUUUUGAGAAAUGUUCCUACCUGACGUUCUUCUCUCAGAUCAGAUCGCUCUGCUGGAAACAACCAUUUAUCUAUUGAUUUUGCUUUUUGUUCGUUAUCUGUUGCACAUUUUUGAACCUGGUUUCUAGGAUAAGAAAAAAAUGAUGAACCUCAGCAAAAGGAGCACAUUUCACAAGAUGUCUCAUUGAUUACAUAUAUUGAUAAAAGAACAGGUAGAUAUUGGACUGUCAUUUAAGUAAAACCUUGCUCAGAUGACAUUAUCAGUCUCUAAUGGAAAUCAUGCGAUUGAUAUAAUUGAUUACGCUCUUAUUUUGAAAUUGGUCACACUGCAGGACUGUUGGAGGUGAUAACAGAUCCUCUUACUAGUACUAGAAGUACUAUUUUUUAUUGCACACACUGAAUACUCAUCAUGUUUUGCAACUUUCAGUAGUAGCACUGACCUUCAAACCUGCAGGUUGGUUCAUUUCUAGUUAUAGAGGUUGCUGCUUUGUCUUGAAGGUCUUAAGAGGUUUUUUCUACAUGCACCUCAUGGAAAACCUUUUGGAAAAGGUAGUUUUAAUACUCUACUUUGCGAGACUAUUAACAGUGGCAUGUGAAGUCACAAUGACCUUGAAUGAAGACUGUAGCUCCAUUUUGGAGUGCGGUGCUCCUCCGCCGCUGCGCUUUAUCUGCUCAGCUAUACGCUCAUCUAUUAUUCUUGCUUUGACUUUUUCUUCUUCUGCUGGUGUGUUCAUAUCGAGAUUGUGCUCACAGGGUGUAGGACGGCUCUGGGUCUGUGAACUUUGACAGCCAGUGGAAGGAGGGGGAGGUGUGACAUAAAGACCAGAGGGAGGAUGAAAAAGAAAGAUGGAAAAGAGAUAUAUGUUCGGUAAAGGUGCGAAGCGGAAGCUGGACGAGGAUGAAGAGGGGCUGGAAGGCAAAACGCUGGAGGCGUCGGUGGCGGGAGGGGGAGUAGGCCUCGGUCCCGAGGGCCUAUCCAAGGUAUCGUACACCCUGCAGCGCCAGACCAUCUUCAACAUCUCCCUGAUGAAGUUGUACAGCCAGCGGCCACUUGGCGAGCCCAGCCUGGAGCGCCGCGUCCUCAUCAACAACAUGCUGCGACGCAUCCAGGAUGAACUCAAGCAGGAGGGUUCCCUGCGGCCGCUGCUCCUGCCACCGUCGCCACCACCCGACGACCCCAUGGACGAGGGCUUCCGUGAGGCGCCACCCUCCUUUGGGGUUUUGUCAGCAACAGCGACAGCACAGUUGAUGCCGGCGAUCGCUCCGCCGCCUUCACCCCACCCAAUGGUGCCUCCCAACUGCCAGGCAUCCCAGGCCUGCCCCAGCCGUGUGGAGGCCUGCCUCGCCCCUCUGGAAGCCUGCCUCACCCCAGCCUCUUUACUGGAGGAGGACGGUGGAGAUUCAACCUUUUGUGCUCCAUCCCCACCCACCCCUCCUCUGUCGCCUCCCCCAGCUCAGUCUCCCACAUUACCUUCGGCACUUCUGGGCCAGGCGUCCCCCAGGGUCCCUGUGCCUGCCUCGUCCACUGACGGUUUCCCCUCCACUCUGAGUGACAUGGAGUUGGGUCCUCCCACAGCCAUAACAAGGACAGCAGCAGCUAAUACUAUGACCGUGACUACCUCCCCAGCUCCCACGCCACUCACCCGGCCCUCCCACUUAGCACCCCUCCUCCCAACACCCUCCUGCCCACCCAGAGACUACAGGACCAUGGGUGCUAAACCAGAGGCAGCUGGCGUCUUGCUGGCAGAAUCUCGCUGUGCCGAGCUCCGGCCGAUGGACACUCUGCCCACACUGCCCCCUGGCGGCUUAGUAGACAUUUCCUCCUGUCCUUCCUCCCCUCCUUCCUCUGCCUCACCCUCGGGGUUUCUCUCAGACUUGGCGCUGGACGACGUCCUGUUCGCCGACAUCGACACGUCCAUGUAUGACUUUGACCCCUGUACGACAGCAGGGGCCGUGGGCGUGACAGCGGGCGGUGGCCUCGCCAAAUUGUCACCAGUGGUGACAACAGACGACCUCCUCAAAUCGCUGGCGUCACCGUACAGUGGCUCCGCCCCCCAGGUUUCAGCCAAUCAGCCUUUCAAAAUCGAUCUGACAGAACUGGACCACAUCAUGGAGGUGUUGGUGGGUUCGUGACUUGCGGACGCCACCGCCACAAACACACAAACAGUUUAAUCCGCAGAACAGACUGGAAUGAAAAUUUGGGAUCGCUUCGGGGGUUUUCUUGGUUGUUGUUUUUAUGUUUUUUAAAAAAAACUUUCUUCAGAGGUCGGUAAUUGUAAACAUCGAUGGUGAUGUCAAUUAGUACUACUAUGACAACUACUACUACUACACAACACUGUGCAUGCACUGUGCUCGCCUUUCCAAAUAUGGAAUGAAGUAACUGGGAAACAAAGACACAAUUAAGUUUGUAUUUCUAUACUUGUGAGGACCUCCAUUGACUCCAUUCAUUCCCAAACCCUAAUUUAAACCUAAUCCUAGUUCUAAUCUUUAACCUGAACCUAAGCCUUAACCCUGAGGAGUAACUGUACAUAGAGAAACAGGAGGACCGGCAAAUUGUCCUCAUUCUUGAGGAUUUUGCAAUCAUUAUAUCCUUGUGAGGACUUCUAUUUCUCACAGGUAAAGAAAUACGAAUAAACACAUAUAAACAUGACACACGCGGACACACAUGCACACACACACACGCACAGACACACACACACACACACACACACACACACACACACACGCACAGACACAAUUCAUGGCUUUUAGCAGAUGAGUGCCUUUCAAAAUGACCACUUAUUCAAUUCCUGUUUUUUACAGUAUUUGUUUUUUUUUCUAGUUCUUUUCACUUUAACAGCCUAGAGAGGUCACUCCUCAAUGUUUUUUUAAUUUAUUGUAUUAAAACUAUAAGUAAGUAAGGUAAUUUCUCAUGAUCAAAUAAUAAUUAUUUAAUCUUUAUCUUAUUAGAGAUGCUAUGUUUUAUUUGUUAAGCAAGCAUAAAAAGGUUUUACGAGAAAUACGUUAUUUUACCAGUGUGCUACAUCACAUAUUAGCUCGGCUAUAUAAUUAUGCUUUGGGAAUAGCUCUAAAACACAUCACCUGUUUGUUCGUUUGUUAAACUUUUUUGGUAGAAAGAGAUUGCAUCACAUCAUGUCUAUGAAUUCAGUUCAGGACUUAUGUUUUUUUCCUUCCUCCUCCUCAUUGGCCAGCACAUAUAACUGUGCUGGAUGCUAUUUUACAUGAGCUUGGUCAUAUGGGCUAGUUAUCAUGCUUCAAUUACAGCAGAAUUCAAAUGAGCUGCUCCCACAGGAAAGCUAGAUGUGUUUACAUUGGAAAUGAAGCGGCAGCAGUGCCAGCAAGAACUCUUGCCUCCCAGUCAGAUGUAGGUGAUCUGAAAAGUCUAACCUAAAAAAAUGAUUUUAGGCUCUAAAGACGUAAAAUUUGGACUCAAAACAGAACAGCUAUCACAGAUUAUAGGGGAAGUCAUUGUGGCAUUAGCGUGACUCCGUAAGAUUUGUAAAAAUCACAUGAAGAAAAUGGAAUAUUUUAGUAGAAAUGCCUUAUUUCUGCUUGGGUUCAUACAGAAUUAGCAACAUGAGUGACAGACAAAUUACAGCACAGCAUACAGUAUUACACACACACUGUAUUUGCAGAGUAUGUUUACUUGUGUUUAGAAUAGGAGCCCGACAUGCCAAAUCUCAGAGCUCUGCUCACUUCUGUACAUUGUGCAGUACAAUUUGAAAUUAACCCUUAAAGCUCACAGAUGGUAGCAGGAGGGCUAAAAUCUGUCUUGCAAAUAAUUUGAAUGUGUAUUUCCACUCAAGUAGGAAACCCAAACGUCAGUGUUAACCUGAUACUGCAACCAUGAAACAUCAAAAGACUACCGCCCUCCUGCACAGCCCACUAUGCAUGAUUUUUGAUAUAAAAAGACUAAAUACGAUGGCUAAGUCCAUCAUCUAAGAUAAGGGUCUGCAUGUUUGUUAUCCCAGCUGACCACACUUAAACAGUUAAAUAGAAUAGAAAUUCUCAGUUCAUCAGUCAAAUGCUGUGUCUACAAGUUGAGCCUUUUUUAUGCUAUCUACAUACAGUAUGUCAUCUGUUGAAGUUCUUCACACAAAUUUCCCUUAUCCACUUCACAAAUUUGGCUAUUAACUGUGAUGCUCCACCUCAGAAGGAGUAAGCAAGCAUGGAGAAGCCUGUGAAAACUGCUGUAUCACAGUCACCUCAUCAGACUGCUAAUCUUCCUUUAGGAUGAACUGAUCUCCUGCCACACAACAAACUUUUGCAAGAAAUUUUUUUUUGUGUGUCACAUAUGUAGCCAUAAUUUCCACAGAGCCCAUUCUGAAAUGGACCAACACAUUGGCACCACGAUAAUUGUAUUUUGAUGGUCAGAAAAGGCCUGCAGUGGACACGGGCAUUUUGCAAUUUACAGACGUAGCAUUGUUUCUUUUCAAAGUCAAACUAGCUGCAGAAUCACAACAUAGCACAGAUUUAAGCUUCUUUAAAGUGCAAAUACACGGCUUGUUUUUAAGAGUUGAUACUGCAAAACGAAAAGUUGUAAAAUGCCUUUUGUUGCUGUAAAAUUUAGAAAGACAGAAGCAGUGAGUUAGCAAACGUCAGACUCAUCACCAUGCCUCUUUUAAGGUAGUUAGUUAGUGCAAUCAGAUUUUAACUAAUAGGCUCAAAUAUUAAAAGACAGAUCUACCCUGGGAUACCUUUACUGUUGCUUCGCCUUGUCUUUUCCCUUUACGCUAGCUUCAGUGUUGUUGUUGUCUUGAAGUGAAAUUGGAUUCUUCAAUUGUCGAAUAUCAGUUUCAUCAUGGUUUGAUGUUUAAAGCUGCAUUCAUUGAUUUUUUGCCACUAGGGGGCAAUAGAAUAAGCUCAAAACAUAACAUUUGGCAUGUUAUCACCCUAUAAAGCUCUUAGCUAAAAAUGCACACUAGUGUUAAUUUGUUAUUGUGUCUCUGGCCACCUGAGAAAUUCAAGUCCCAUAUUACUUAAUCACUUAAUUCUCCUUUUUGCUCUGUUUUGGUCUCCAAUAACUCCAGAGGGAAACACUCUUCAGCUGGUACAGUAAUGUUCCACUCUGUUCACCAGCUUUUAAUUCGUUGUUGAGCUGUGAGCCAGAAAACGAGAACGAUGUGCUAAGAGAAACUAAAAUGGAGAGGAGCUGAAAGUAUGAUGACAAUUAUCUGUUAGUUCAUCAAUACAAACAGCACCUUACACAUUAUGCAUAAAAAUGUGGGUCCAGUAAUGAAAAAUCAAAUUUCGAUGAGUGCAGCUUUAAUGUUCACUUCAGCCUUGUAUCUUAUCAUUAUUCAUAUCAUCUACAUGUGUCUGGCUAUUCACAGCAAUAUAUGAAAAAAGACACCACAAUGUGACAGAAAUGCAAGGUACCUCACCAGUAGGUGUAGGAAAUAAUGUAGGGUGGACUUUUCCUUCAGCAGUAGUUAAGUAAAAAAAUAACACAAGAAACCCUAAACACCUCUGUGUCUACCAACACAGCCUUUUCCAUGGUGUAAAAUGGCAUGUUAAUGAUAUUUCUAGCAGAGGAACCAGUCUCAGUCAUUGUUAAUGGAAGAGAAUAUGUCAUCUGCAUUAUAGUCUUACUCAUCUUACUGCGUUAGACAACAGCAGUGAGGCUAGAGUAACUUUAAAACCUGUUCCAAUGGAAGACCAUUAGUUUCCCAGAAUGCAUUUGACCUCAGCUAGUAUGUAAACAAACUGCAUCGUAACAGAAUUCAAAAGCAGAGUGUGAGCCGAGCAGAUAGCAGCACCAACUAAUACUGUUUGUAGACGACUGUGUCUUGUUUCUUUCACUAUGUUUGAAAUUUGGAGUGCUUGUUUUUUUUUUUUUUUUUGUCAAUGAAGUUAUUUAUUCAUAUUGUUUUUUCUUCUCUGUGUAAAUAUAUUUAUUUUGGAUGUGAAAUGAACAUUUGGAUUGUAAAUGCGUGUACAGAAUGUGUGGUAGGAAUGUACUUCAGAUAGGAAUGUAUCUGAGUGUGGAAUAAUGGGUGGAAGCCAUUUUUUAUAUACAUAGGUAGUUAUAUUAUCUUAUUUUUUUUUGUUUGUUGCUAUGUUAUUGAUUUUUGUGGGUCAGCAGCCACAACGUUUUACAUCUUUUGUACUCUUUUGUUCAUCAUUUUCCAGUUGAAGGCGAACAGUUCAUGCAGCAAUACUCAAAAACCCGUCUCCAACCUUCAGAUGUCAAGACUCCAAAGCCUGUCAUAGACGCUUCAAUGCCAAAAGUAAUGUACAUAGUAUGAACAACAUUCGAGCUCCUGAGACUUUUUUGAUCAGUGUUUGUUACCGAAUCUGUUUUAGCGCUGUCUGAGCGAGCAGCAGUUCGCCAGGAGAGGCUGACUGACUGCAGUCGAGGCUGAUUCCCUCUACGAAGGCUGUAUUUUACACAGACCUAAGAGCUGUGCCUUUUUCUAUGCAAUAGAACACAGAGAGAGAAAUUAUCAGCUGAUCACUGUAUUGGGAUCUAAAUGUGGACUGUAGAUAAAAUAUAUUUAUAUAUAUGUAUAUAUAUAUAUAUAUAUAU